AUGGCGGAGCAGGACAUCCCCAUCGAGUUGAUGCGCACGGGGGAAAGACCUGGCCGGGUGGUCAUCAGAACAGGAGCUUCUCACGGCUCCAGCUCCCAGGUGUGGAGACAUUUCAACUUGUUCGUCCGGCCAGGAGGACCUGAGCCAAAGCAAUGUAUCGCCCUGCGGAAGCUGAAAUGUGCACCCCUCGACAAGACGGAUUCUGCUGAGAGCCAUCGUUUUCUGAAGCAAUGGUUGGACGACUGCAACAAUCUUCAUCAAUGCGCCGCGCCUGAGCCCCCAGACUUGCCGAAACGCGUUCUCAGGCUUCACCAAGACCGAGUCCACCUGUAUCUGAGCCAAGAGAACGAAAGGGCUCGUUAUGCGACCUUGUCCCACCGCUGGGGAAACUCUGAUGAGAGCUUCAUCUUGGAGUUGACAAACCUUGAAUCCCUCACGAAAGACAUUGCUUGGUCUCAACUGCCCAAAACUGCCCAGGAUGCUAUCGAAAUCUGUCGGAAACUCGACAUCGAAUACCUGUGGAUCGACUCAUUGUGCAUCAUUCAGCACUACCAGCCGGAUUGGGCCGACCAGUCGGAGAAAAUGUCCACCAUCUACGGCCAGUCCUAUCUCAACAUUGCAGCAAUGGACUCGAACGACUCCCGUGGUGGCUGUUUCCGGUCAACAGGGUCGGACAAGCGGUACCCUCCUCAUACUGUGCCUGGCCACCCAACCCUCCAAAUCCAGCAGCAGCCUCACUUCACUCACCUUGACUUCGGCGCAAACUACUUCACUUCUGGUGCCUCGCCCCCACUUCUCCGUCGCGGAUGGGUCCUCCAAGAACGGCUCCUGUCCCCGCGCUGCGUCUACUAUGGCAGGGACGAACUCCUCUGGGAAUGCAAGGCGUGUGCGGACUGCUUCUGCGGCGGUACCAAUGUCAUUGCCCGCUUUAAGGAUGUCCAUCAUCGCUCGCUGACCCCGAACGGCGAUCCUCUGCCAUUCGCUUGGAUGAGAGUCACCGAGCGCUAUUCUUGCUUGGAUCUGACGCACGAUUCCGACCGAGCAAUUGCACUGUCCGGCAUCGCCCAGGAGGCGGUGCAGUCCGGCCGAGGAGGGAAAUACCUCGCCGGACUGUGGUGGGACAAGCUGGCAUAUCAGCUUGUCUGGAAGCUGUCCAGCACGUAUCGCAGACCCGAGGAGUACAUUGCACCCAGCUGGUCGUGGUUAUCGGUGUUCGGCAGGGUCGAUUACGGUACAAAUCGCAUGGACUACAGAGCUGCUUGGUCGACCAUUGAUGUCGUGAUCACCGAUGCUGCAGUGGUGGCAUCAAGACCGGACGGUACAGGCAAGAUAAGAUCGGGCUAUCUCUUACUUAACGGCAAGGCUUUGGGCAUGGAAGUCGAGGUGACCGAGGUGCGGAAAGGAGACAGGCCAAAGAUGAAGCUGACGCAUUCCGAACCUCAGUUCGAGUAUCCGGAUUUCCUACCGGACUAUGUGAUGACGCCAAAGCAAGCUGUGGCGAUUGAGAAGGUUGUUGUGCUCUAUUGGGGCAAAGUCGUUCACCAAGAGACCUUUAUGGUUCUGCGCGAAGUUCCCUACGACGGCGGUCUGGCGUUCGAACGGUUGGGACUGCUCGAGGCGGAUGGCCGCUGGACUCGACAUUUUCACGGUGUAGCGGAACCCAGAACGGACUUACGGAUAGUUUAG